GGGCACAGGUGGGUGGCACUGCUGGGCACAGGUGGGUGGCACUUCUGGGCACAGGUGGGUGGCACUUCUGGGCACAGGUGGGUGCACUGCUGGGCACAGGUGGGUGGCACUGCAGAGUGGCACAGGUGGGUGCACUGCUGGGCACAGGUGGGUGCACUGCUGGGCACAGGUGGGCGGAGCUUGCGGGUGGCACUGCUGGGCACCGAUCAUCAGGGCACUGAUCAUCAGUGCCCUGAUGAAUCGGUGCCGAUCCCCGCUCUGACAACUGCCGGUUCUCGGCAGUACUUUCCUCACGAUCUGACAGCGUGAGGAAAGUGCAGCCGAGAACCGGCACUUGCAU